AUGGUUACUACACGUAGGCGCUCAUUGAUCAGAAGGAGGUGCGACGAAAACGAGGGCCACCCAUACGGAGACAAGGUUGCGGAAACUGCGGAAAAGAAGGUGUCGGGUAGGCGUAGUUUACCUGCGAUGAAGGCCCCUGCCAAAGAGAAGAAACUGCGACUAGAGGAGCAAGCGACUGUUAUUCGCAGAAAGCGAGUGAAGAAUGUGGACACCGAAGGUCCAAUAGAUGCAGCUAAAAGAACCAGUGAGUCUGUGCAAAGCGACGAAAAGGGAUGUAGAGCAGAAUUUCGCCUAACAAGGAAAGUGAGCCUCAGUGCGAGUUCUCUUUUUGCUCAGAAUGAAACCGAUGGCUCUUCCGUACCACUCAAGAAGAAGAAGAGAGCUAAAUCGGAAAAAGCUCUGUCUGGAUCGAAUGAUAAAGGUUCUCCAGUGACCGCGGCCCAUCGUCGCACCCGACAUAUAACCCAUGAGGGAGGCAAGUGCAACACUGGGAGUGAUCAGCACUCCUCAAGCUCAGCGACUGCAUCGAAAAGGCACAACAAAAAGGCGGAGAAGGAAGCAGCUCUGGCAAAGAGCGAAGGUGAAGUAUCUGAAGUCGAUGGAGAUUCCGAUGAUAGCGACUUCUCUCCACGUCGCCAUUCAAAGCAGUCUCAAAGACGUGUCAAAGAAAAAGGUGGAAGCUGCAUCCGAAGUGGAAAAGGACGUCCGAAAAUGCAA